CCGCCCCUGGAUAGAUUUGACAGCGAGCCAGGGCGGAGACUGGGAAAGGGUGCAUGCACGCAGCAAACUCGGAUUAAACCAUCCCCCGUGAAAACUUGCUGGGGGAGUUUUUCUUUUUGAAAACGCAUUUGGAAACAUCUAUGUUUGAAAUAUUUUAAUCUCAGUUGAACGCCGUGGGGUUGAAAGGUGAAGAGAGAGGGAGGGAGGCAGGAGACGGGACACCCAGCCCAACCCUACUUUACACUGCUCUGCAGGAAGUCAGUAACUGACCCCAACAGCUCAGCCAAUUGCACCUUUAAUUAAACCUGACAGAUUAACAGAUGGCCCAGUGUGUGACUAAAGUUGAACUGAGCAUUUCUUGUGAGAAUCUCUUGAAUAAAGAUGUCGGAUCUAAAUCUGAUCCGCUGUGUGUGUUCUUCAUAAGCACUGGCGAAAAUCAGUGGGCUGAGAUUGAUCGCACGGAACAAGUUAAGAAUUGCCUUGCCCCAAAGUUCUCGAAAAAGUUCCUGGUUGAUUUCUACUUUGAGCAGAUUCAGAAAUUAAAGUUUGGAGUUUAUGAUAUUGAUAACAAAACGAUUGACUUGAAAGAUGAUGACUUCUUGGGACAGUUUGAAUGCACUCUUGGACAGAUUGUUUCCAGCAAGAAGCUGAUGCGCCCACUCAUGCUGGAAAAUAAGAAGCUUGCAGGCAAAGGAGUCAUCUCGAUUUUGGCAGAAGAAAUCAAAGAUAACAGAGCAGUAAAUUUGCAGCUUCAAGCACAAAAUCUGGAUAAGAAGGAUCUCUUUGGGAAAUCUGAUCCAUAUUUGGAGAUCUCCAAACAGACUCAGGAUGGAAAAUGGCAAAUCGCACACAGGACAGAGGUCAUCAAAAACAACUUGAAUCCCAGCUGGAAAGCAUUCAAAGUCGCUUUGCACUCCCUCUGUGACGGGGACUUACAGAGGCCCGUCAAGGUGGAAUGCUAUGACUACGAUAAUGAUGGAUCUCAUGAUUUAAUCGGCUCCUUCGAGACCACUGUUGCAAAAUUCCAAGAAGCUUCGCAGAGUGGAGCUGCGUUUGAUUGUAUUAAUCCAAAGAAAAAGCAGAAAAAGAAAAGUUACAAAAAUUCUGGGACUGUUUUAAUUAAAACAUGUGAGAUUGUGAAGGAUUAUUCUUUCCUCGACUACGUUAUGGGUGGCUGCCAGAUGAACUUUACUGUUGGCAUAGAUUUUACAGGCUCCAAUGGUGAUCCCCGCUCUCCUAAUUCCCUUCAUUAUAUCAAUCCUAAUGGAUUUAAUGAGUAUUUGAUGGCAAUCUGGUCUGUUGGAAUGGUUGUUCAAGAUUACGACACAGACAAGAUGUUUCCAGUGUUAGGAUUUGGUGCACAAAUACCGCCAAACUGGCAGGUAUCGCAUGAAUUUCCAAUUAAUUUCAAUUCUGCCAACCCAUUCUGUUCAGGAGUACAAGGGAUUGUGGACACCUAUCGUAAGUGUCUUCCUCAAAUUCGACUUUAUGGACCAACAAAUUUUUCCCCCAUUAUAAACCACGUUGCAAAAUUUGCAGCUACAGCAGCACAACAGCCAACUGCAUCGCAAUAUUACAUCUUGCUGAUCAUUACAGACGGAGUGAUAACAGACUUGGAUGAAACUAGACAUGCCAUUGUGAAUGCUUCUAAGCUGCCAUUAUCUCUGAUCAUUGUUGGUGUUGGUGAGGCAGAUUUCACUGCCAUGGAGUUUCUGGACGGUGAUGACGGAGUUCUGAGAUCUCCGACUGGAGAAGCAGCAGUCCGAGACAUUGUCCAGUUUGUGCCAUAUAGGAAAUUCCAGAAUGCUGCCAAAGAAGCUCUUGCACAAAGUGUACUGGCUGAAGUUCCUCGCCAAGUUACCUGCUACUUUAACGCACGCAAACUCUCUCCUCUAAGUAGGCCAACGCCUUCAAAUGAACAGAAGCCGUCAAAUGAGCAGACGCCAUCAAAUGUACAGAAGUCGGCAAAUGACCAAGACCUGCAAGGGGAACUAAACCUUGAAGACGGUUUGGAUUUCUAAUUGAUGGGGAGUUACAGUUUCUGAAAUAUGCUUAUGUCAAGGUGCCAUUGCAUUUGUUAGUCCUAUGUAAACAUAUAGUUAUUAAUAAAAUAUCCAAUUUAAAGUCAAAAGCCAACAAAUUGGUGUUCUUCCACAUCAAUAAUUAUUUUCUAUUUUGGACAUUUUCCAAAGCAAGUAGUUCUUAUUAGUUUGGUGCCCUGGGUCUUGACAUAGGUGUGUGUCUGUGCACAAGAUCUGAAAGGAAUUAUGCAAUGCUUUUGAUCUUUGUUAUUGUACAGAGUUUACAGGCUAUUUGGUCUCUAUUAGUUUGGGCAUUUCCAAAUCAAUGAAGAGUCAAUCAAUCAGUUUCGCUACCUAUGACCGUAUAGGUUGAUGGAGUACAAGGUUAGAAGCCGUCCAGUUUCAGUUGUUUGGGUCUUGAGCAUUGAUAUUAUUUAAAGCAUGCAUACAAAACUGAAAAGUGGCCAAUUGUAUGAGUUUCAAUCUGACUGACAGUUUCAAUCAUCAAUAAAAGCAAUUUAAUGUCAUCAACAUGAUUUAAUGGAUUUGUACUGAUUAAGUCAGCAAGUCUGUAACCAGAACAUUGUAUUUUCAUUUUCACCUUGGUGUAACUAGACAGCAAUUAUAUUUAAAAGGCAGCAUUAGAAAUUAAAAAAUACUCGGCAUGCUGGCUUCAGAUAAUGUCUUGGCUGCUCUAUCAACUUGAUCUUUAGUGUCAAUAACAUGAGUUAGUUACACCAGUGCUCAGCAUCAUUGGAGCAGCUUUCACCACAAAAUGGUGGCUCAUUGUGAAAGAGAAGAGACAAGCAGAAAUCAAAAAGCAUCUUUUUACUCAAAACCUUACUUAGCACUGCAAUCACUUUCCAUUGAAACAAUAGACUUCUGCUUCUUUCCUGCUCUGCGCACACACACUGCAUGACGCCUCAGUACAAAAUGUUCUGAAUUUAAAAAUAAAACAUUGAGGAACAUUUCUGUUAUACUAUGGUUAGCUGUUAUGAACCAACAGUCAGUUUGAAUUAUGCAAGAAAAACAUUCAACUUUGUAGAUUUACCUUUGUGCCAUAUUGUUUUCUUGCAUUGUUUUCAUUUUUGACUCUAUAUAUGUUUAAUGCAAGUAUUGGUUUGUAACAAUGAAAUAGAAAUUAUUCAUGUUGUGUAAUUUUUAUAUGAUGUCAUGCGCCAUUUGGAAUUAAAAAAAAUUGAAGACUUGGCCAAAAUUGUAUGGGCUUGUUUCAAGAAAAUAAAUGUGCUUAUGAGAAUCUGUAAACAAUGAAUGUUAUAGCUCUUUCUGCAAUAAAGGAAGCAUAGAAGGCUUGCAUACGA